GUAUCUCCUUCAGUACGAGACUUCAUGUCGCUCGGUUCGGAUCUAAUUCUCUCGUCUUUCCGCCGUGGUCGUUAGAAGCCGAAACGGCAAUUAUCGCUCGAGUCUCAAAACUAAUUUGUUGUUAAAUUGCUAUACAAACCAGAAUCUCCGAGAGUUGAAAAACGAUUCGAAAAUCGUUGACUAUCAUUGCAUAGAGUCUGUUGUCGCGAGCACAGGUAACCUGGAUCAAGUACAGUGCCUUACAGCUGGUUGCUACUACGGAGAACAUCCGUAUUACCCCAAGUAGCUGGCUAUCACCAUAGUUGAAGUUCCUGUAUCCGAAGUAUAGUGAAGUGAUUCGGAAAAUAAUCCAGUAGUAUUACGGAAGAUCUAUUCGAUUUUUAAUCUACCUCAAGCUGCGUAGAACCAUUCGCAAACAGAAGUGCCUCCCUCAUCCAGAUACAGCGCGGAUAAACAGCAGAAAAGCCGGUGCGCGGUGGUGGUGCGGCGGAAACCGGCAGUCAGUCAGCGGUGGAGCCGUAAAAUUUAAUAACAAUUUCGCGUUUUUCUCUAUCUUCUUGGCGUUCCUCUGCGAGUGUGUUUCGUUGUUGUUUUGCUGCUGACUAUGCAAUAACGAGAAUAAAAGUGAAUUUUCGGUCGGUUGGCUUCUUUACGCCUUCCCUUUCGAUUGCUGGCUCGCUAAUGCCGUGUACCGCGACGGCGACGACGACGACAGGAGGUAGUUUAGUUUACGUUAGUUCGCUCGUUCGUUUCGAUUAGUUUGCCGAUGCCCGCAUGCCUCAAGUAUCUACGAUUUCUACGGUAGGGAAGUGUCGGGCUGUGUAAAUUCGAUAGACAGCCAAAAGUGGUGUGUUUGUCCGGCCGUCAUCGCGGGAAUACCUGCCGGGGUUCUGUUGGAAGAGGGAUACUCGCACGGGAGGAGCAUUCGACGGAUUGUAAUUAUCAACUGGUACUGUAUCUCAGAGUAUAUACGCUGCCAAGAAGGUGCUUCGUGUUUGUCUCGUUUUUGUGUUUUGAUGGUUACGUAGAUCGCGCGGUUCGGAAAACAGCAACUGCCGGUGGUUCAGCUUUCUAUAUACCUCUUUCGGUAGGACUUUGGAUUGUGUUACAUUGGCAGUGGAGUGUGUGGUCUGUAGAAUUCCGGAACUGGAGAAGAUAAAUAAAUAGACGUGCCUUUGCACAAUUAAGUGGUGUUCUGGAGAGUUCUGCUGGGAAGGAACUGGUGGUGGAUUGGAGCGCUGACGUCGGAGGCUGCUAAAGCCCGAAAAUGAUGGAUAGCUGGAUGCAAGAAGUGGUUUCCAUGAUGGCAGGCGACGGGACGCCCGCUCGAAUCAAACAGGAAUUAAUUGAAACCUCCUGCUGCAGUCCAUCGCCUUCGUCAGGGGGAAACUUGACCCAAAGUUUGCUCUACGGUUCCUCACAGAAUUCUAAGAUGGACUACAAAUGCUCCAGCAACAACGACCUCGGCCAGCUAACGGAACUGCACAGCGGAAGCUCCGGCAACAACGGCGGUCCACACUCGCCCGGUUCGCCGGAUCGACAGUUUUGCAGUUCGACCACCUCGGCGAUCGGUGACUUCGGCAGCGACAGUACAAACCAGGAUGCGAUAAAGGAAGAAAUACCCCGCCGGUUGUGUCUCGUGUGUGGCGAUGUGGCCAGCGGAUUCCACUACGGUGUGGCGAGCUGCGAGGCGUGUAAGGCAUUUUUCAAACGGACCAUUCAGGGAAACAUCGAGUACACCUGCCCAGCUAGCAAUGAUUGUGAAAUAAACAAACGACGACGGAAAGCGUGUCAAGCGUGUCGAUUCCGCAAGUGUCUUCUGAUGGGUAUGCUGAAGGAAGGCGUCCGAUUAGACAGGGUGCGUGGAGGUCGACAGAAAUAUCGACGGAAUCCGUGCGCCAAUCCAUACCAGCUUCAGCUGCCGCAAUCUAAUUCACAGUACACGCCACAAACGUUGGAAGAUAUUAAAAUCCUGGAAGUAUUAUCGUCUUUCGAGCCGGACCCGCUUACCAUUGGUCACGGAUUUGAUCUUAUGAACAGCAACGGCAGCAGCAGUAGUGACCAUGACGGUGACGUGAAGCCCAACGACUCGUCGCGGAUGGUCAUGGGCGCGGACGCACAAGAGAUGCUGAGCGUGCUGAGCGAUAUCUACGAUAAGGAGCUGGUUGGGGUGAUCGGUUGGGCGAAACAGAUCCCCGGGUUCACCGAUCUGCCCCUGAACGACCAGAUGCGGUUACUACAGGUCAGCUGGGCGGAACUGCUGACACUGAUGCUUGCGCAGCGGUCGAUACCCUUCACCGGUCGGCUGUACUUCGCGACGGACUUUUGGCUCGAUGAACGAUCUGCCAAGGAGUGCGGUGCGUUGGAUCUGUACAACCAUCUUUCGCAGAUUACCCAGCGAUUAGAAAAGAUCUCGGCAACUAAAGAAGAGUACUACCUUCUGAAGGCGCUAUCUCUUUCGAACUGUGAUAUCCGGUUGGAUAACUACGGCGCGUUGAAGAAGAUACGAGACAGCAUCCUGUUCGCGCUCAACGACUGUGUGCUACUGUUGAGGCACAACCAAGCAGUUUCCCAUCAGCAGCAGCUGUUGCUGCUUCUACCGUCGCUUCGACAGGCCGAUUACAUUAUCCGCAAAUUCUGGACAAACGUGCACAUAGAGGGUAACGUUACCAUGAACAAACUGUUCGUCGAGAUGCUGGAGUCGGUGUCGCGAUAAGCCGAUCCCCGUUCGUCCCCGUAAGCGAGACGGACUUUUUAAGUAGGUGCUCGGGCCCACCCCCAGCGCUCCUUGCCAGAACCUUUGCGAAGGUUACGGACAAAAAGGAAGACCCGAUGAUCUCCUUCAUCACGCUAUCACAUCCAACAGCAAUACCUUCGCGAGAAGGCGAAUAACAAGUCAUUCACACAUCCCACAGUUUCCUUUGCGUGCCCAGUGCUUUCGUUCGUGAGUUUCCUUUCAAACUCGUACAUUUAGGAAUAGUCGUAGUAUAUCUAGCGGUGAGGAAGUGACCGGAGGGUGGAGCUUCGGGCCAGAAAAGUUUUACAGUUAAAACGUUCGUUAUGUUUUAUUUUAACAAAUAGAUUUAAGCUAUAAGAGACACUAGCUCCUAAGUCAGCUCGUUAAAAUGUGAAGCAUGAGCUUAGAAUUUGUUUUUAUCAAAAUAGAACGUUUUCUGUUUUUAAAUUUGGAAGUUUUUAAAUGUGCUA